ACAGUUGUGGCUGUUUCAACAGAGGCGGAUAGAUAUCAGAGAGUGGAGGCGGGACUUCGCGAGGGAGGCUUCGAGGCGACACGGUCUGUCGUGGUGCUCACGUAUAGCGUUGGGCAGACACUGACAACUCCGACCGAGUUCUGCUACAAACUGCUACGAAGCUAAUACAUCCCCAUCUGGUGGCCAUCGCUGAAACUAACGCAGCCUCUCAGGGGUUGCUCACCGGGACCUCUCUUCACGUAGAUAUUACAGGAGUUAAUGUCGAGAAAACAAGUACUGAUAUCUCAAUAAAAUUAGUGCCCUAUCGUUACUUGCUAUCAUGCAUCGUAUACAAAAGAUGACAUUAAAGACCAGAAAUUUAUAGAAAAUUAUCGCAAGUGUUAAAUACUUUCCGGAAAAACAACAAAACUAAGGAGAGGUUGCGGCGCACUCUGGAUUCCAUCGGAGCCAAUCAGCGCGCGGCCUCAGGGAUCAUGUCUUCAGUGGUCCCCGAGUUCUUCUUGUGGGAUCAGUCGCUGAAUAGCUCGUGUGGAGGAAGGAUGGAGUGUGAAACAUUGUACGAGCUGGGCCCUCCGCCCGAUAUGAUUCUGAACAUACCUCCUCCCCCAAUACCACCUUUUAUGGAGGAGUUUGUGGCGAGACUUGCAGCUGAGGGUAUAAAUAUUCACGAAGACGAUAAUGGAUUUCCCGAGGAAGAGAAAUCUUGUAAUCUCUGUCAGUGGGCGAAUGGAAACGGCGUUGGAUUUGUAGAACUUGCACAAAAAGGUCCCUUGAUUGACGACACCUGGUUCCUUGUGAUCAUCUCCUCUUGUGUGGCAGCCACUUUGCUCGGGAUCAUCUUGGCCAUCGCCUUCCUCAAAUACAGAGAAGGGAAGCUGAAACCCUUGAGCGACGUGGCGCUGGCCAAGAAGGAGAAAGCUUUGGGUCUGGAGCGCUGCGAGGCCGUCCUCUACCCCGCCCCCGCCAUCACGCCCACGCCUGUCCCGCAGCUCGACAACCGCACGUCACGGGCGCUAUGGGCUGGCAUCAAGCCUCUGGAGGGAAACCACUACACGGUCGACCACUGCCAGCCCAUGGAGCAGAAGCCAGUGCGCCUGGACCUGCUCCCGCCGCACGACAACACCUACGACUACGCCGACUACAGCAGCGUGAGCUACGCCAGCGCCAGCUACACCACGCUCACCCCCCGCCUCGACGGGUCCAGCCCGCGGCCGCAGCCCGCCGCGAGCUUCGAGAACGUCGGCUACGUCCCCGGAGAUGAGGGCGCCGAGGUGGAGCGCGUCGCCCCCGACGGCUGCGUCGUGACCGCCCCCCGCGCCGCUCGCCUGCUGGGCUCCCCGCGCUUCGUGCAGGGCAUCCAGGACCACCACCACUACGAGAUGGUCACGCCCUCCAUGCGCCGCCACAAGUCGCUGGAGCGAGGGGCUCGGCAGCCCCCCGUCAUUAGCGGCCCCACCAGUCUGGGCCCCGUGCGGAUGCCCCCACUCAACGGACGCCCGCGCUAUAACCUGACGGCGUAUGCGUCGGGAACUCACACGCUCACGCCCAAGGUGGAUAAUUCGGCGCGGGCGGAGCGGCGGCACGCCCACGUCUCGUUGGACCGAUCGGGAAGUGCAAACACGACGCUGGCGCCAGCGUCGCCCACCGAUCACAUCUACGCUUCUCCCAUCACCUCCCCCGUCAUCUAAGAUGCCAGGGCAACUUCCCUCACGCCCACGCCGCCCGCUGCUUAGUGAGGCGGGCGGCGGGGCUGUGCCAGUGCUAGUCUAACGAGACGGGCUUGUUCCGGGCGGGAGCCUGAGAUUGGGAUUCGCGCUUCCUUGCUGGUCCCGACGCGGCAUCGCCAUGCUGCUGCUGCUGCUGCCACCGCCCUCGCGAGCUUGCAUCGAGUCAAAGGCCAGAGCUGCAGUGCGCCGUCUGACGUCGUCCUCCUAUCCUGGGCGGCGCAUUGUGUAUUGAUACCAAAGUUUAUAAGUUUAAGGACAGUUCAUGUCUCAAAAGAAUCCUCAUGUUAAAUGUCUGGAGCUACUGAGUGCACAACGGCUUUGAUCACCGCCCAAACACUUGGAAGUGUUCUACUUAGACUUUUCCUCCCACGUAAUGAAUGUUGCUUUGCCUGGAUGAGCCGUGAGACUGUAGUGACCUUGCUGGUCUCAAGAUUGUGGCUGGAGACUUUAAGGUUUAGACGAGUACUGUAUAAGUAUAUAAACGCAUAUAUGUCUUGAUCAGUCGAAUACUCUCAUGAUCUCAGUAAGUCGUCUAGACAUUUGGCAGAUAUUUUGAGAAAUUCCAUGAGACAAAAAACAAAUCACAUUUGUGGUUCAUCAUCUCCGUGCCAUACUCAUUCCCCUUUGCCUCCGCCGAUGACGCAAAGGCUGCACACCUCAUCACCGUGAAGCCAAGAUUGUGCUUGUAUUCCUUCUAAGUCGGUAGAUUUAGGCCCAUGCAUGAAUAUGUAGGUUAUACGAGUGCUUCUGAAGGUUUCUCAAGAUUAUUUUCAUUCCAUGUAUCACGAUAUUUAUUGCAAUGUGUAUAUAUAUAUAUUAAAGCUUUAUAUGUAUGUAAAUAAGAGUAUUUGCUUUUUUCAUUUCUGUACAAAAUGUGCAAUUUUAUCUCAAAUAGAUGUUCAAAACC